GGUUUUCUCAAACCACCGAGAAAGUGAUGAUCGUCGCCGUCGAUGAUAGCGAGCACAGCGCCUACACGCUGGAGUGGACGCUCGAUACCUCUGCAAACCCAGGCUUUCGAUUUUCCCAAACGGCGGAGAAGCAAGUGAUGAUAAUCUCUGUCAAUGAUGGUGAGCACAGCCCGCGUGUGAGUGUGGAGUGGACGCUCGAUCACUUCUUUGUUCCUCUAGGUGAUAGUGCCUUGUUCAAUCUCGUCAUCAUUCACACCAAACCUUUUGCUACUAUUAUUUUCAGCCUUCUUCUUCUUCUCUCAAACCCAGAUCUGGGUUUUUCCUAAACCCAGAUCUGGGUUUUUCCUUUACCCAGAUUGGCUCGAGAAGAUGAUAGGCUCGAGAAGAUGAUAGGCUCGAGAAGAUGACCUAAUGAUAGGUCAUCAAGUCCAGAGGUAGGCAGCAACAAGCGAAAGUACGAGGACCAGACCCCUCCGUCGUCCGGUGGAAGGAGGCCCACCGGCUUCUCAUCUCCAGAUUCGGUGCCUCGCUCUUACAAUAGCGUUCCACCGCCUCUCGAUGGCAUUAAGAUGGCUAAGCAGCGUGCUCAAGAGGUCACGGCUCACCUCACUGCUGCAUCUACUCUUGCUGACGCCAAGCGUCCUCGCGUCGAGAAUGGUUCUAGCGAUUUUGAUAACGAAAAGGCUUUAGUCCUGCUCCAUCUGGUUGCUGUCUGAGAUAGAGAAGAGGCGUGGAAUGAUAGGUCCGCAGCAGAUGAUAGGUCCGCAGAUGUGCCUUGUUUAAUAUAAUGGAAUGAUUUGUAUUGCUUUUUUUAUUAUCAUCGGCUUCAUUAGAUCGUUAAUUUAUGUGAUGAAACCCAGAUUUGGGUUUGAGAAAAACCCAAAUUUGAGUUUGAGAAAGGAAGAAGAAGGGAGAAGAAAGAGAGAGAAUAAGAAGAAGAAUGAGCGAAAAUAAUGCAUUAUUUUUUUU